AGCGCAGGGGCCCGGUGGGGCCGGGACUUGUAGUCUCCUCCGCGGGCCGCGCCGGGCGGGUCCGCCGCGGGCCGGCAAGGCUCGAGUGGACUCAGACAGCCCCGCCCGAGGGCGCGGCGAGCGGCUGAUCGAUCCCCAGCCGCCCGUGAGCGCAAAAAUCGAGGUGGGGCGCAACGAGUUGGCUUGGCAACGGCGGCAAACAAUCGGCCGCCAUCUCGUUUCCCGGCCGGGUAGUUCUUCGCCCCGAUCGUGCCGUUCCGCGACAGGGAGGCGGGCGGCCGGGAGAACUACAGCUCCCAGCAGCCCCCGCGUCCUCUUGGCAACGGCGCCGGGCCGGGGUCUCCGCCGCUGGAGGGUCCCGCCGCGCUGGGAGAGGGUUCGGGACCGGGUCCGGGACGGGGCAGCGCCGGGCUGAGGUAACCCUGAGGAUUCUCCAUGGUGAAGAUGGUCAGCCAUGGAAAACAUAUUGCAAUAAUAGUCCGACAACUUAACAAAUUUAACCCUGAAAAUCAGAGCGUGGAGGAUUUCUUGUAUGAAUCAGCUGAGAUGUUGCAGACUCUUAAUGUGACAGAAGAAAAAUUUGUGUUGGAUACACUAGCUGGAUGCAUAGAAUAUAAAUCCUUAUUGGAUGUAGUAGUCAAUGCCUUUUUUGUUCGGGAUGGAAGAUACUGCCUGAUAUCUGAGCGUAAUCUUUAUAUAGUUAUUUGUUACCUGGCUACUUUUCAACUAGAAGAGCUCGGUCUUCAGCACUUCAGCAGAAUUGUGAAAUCUCUGGACACUGCAAAAAUGCAAAAGUUUCUUAGAUUCUUCUUCAAUGCCUUGUAUUUGAACACAUGGAUAAAGGAUGAAUGGAGUCAAUUCUACGAUUCGCUGUAUGUAAAAGAGAACUGGAUUGAUCCGCUGCUAAGAUGGCAGCCAAAAGUGCAGCAACUGAUUGAACAGCUGACAGAUGUAUUAAGUAAUCGUACUACCACUGUCAAGAGUUCAACAGUCACUCAGCCGAAGGAAUUUAAUUUGACUGUACCCAAACCACGGGCCAUUCCUGUACCUCUGCCAACACCACUACUGGAGAAAAGGCCACCUGUUCCUCCAAGCACCUACAAACCUCCAAAGGAAAAAAAGCAACUGGAGGAAAUCAAAACAAAAAAUCGCCGAAAAGCAGAAGAUCUGCUCCUGAAAGCAAAUGCUAACCAGUUCAGGUGUGCAACCAUGAAGCCUGAAAAGGGAGAGAACACACAUGAUAGUAUGAAGAGUAAUCCAGCAUUCCAGGCUCAAAAGAUCCAAAACAAGAUUGAUAAUAUACCUAUUAAAUUAAAUGCUGCAGCUAUUUUAAGAGAGGGUGCCCUCUAUCAGCGGAAAAUGGAACAGGAACUCAAGAGAAUUGAAAAUUUGCUACAAGGGGCUAGAGACCCAUCUGAGUUCUUGGAAUGGCAAAAACAGAUGCGUGGAAAAGAUUUGGAAGAGCAGCUGACGGAAGUAGAGUGUAGGAGGCUUCAAGGGAAACUGAGUCAUGAAGAGGCAAUUCUAGCCCAUCAGAAUAUACUUCAAGAAAAUAAGAAGAAAGCUGAUCUAAUGAGAGAAGAGAAGGCAGAGCUGAUGCACCAGCAUGCAGAGAAACGUCUACAGGAACAGAAAGAAAUGAGAGAGCUGGUGGAGCAGGUCGUGGAAGGACACAAGAAUGCAAAGCAAGCAAAAAUAAAGCUCCAGAAAUACAAACAGCAAAUAGUUCAGGAAGUUUGUGAAGAAAAUCGAGAACUUCUUCGGCAAGCUUUAGAAGAAGAGGAGGAGAAGCUAAGGAAAAGAUAUGAACUAAUUCAACAAAUACGAGCUAUUGAGUCUUUACCAAGCCUCAGACACAAGUUUGUUGAUUUAACUGAGACUGGUGGCCAUGGUUUAAUUUGUGAAAUGUCAAUAGUGGAACUACGUGAACGCCUCGCUCUACUCAGAGAAGCACAGAAGGCAGCAGAGGAAGAGAAGAGAGACCAGAUAAUUCAUGAAAAACAAGCUAAGGAACAACUUCUUCUAGACAAACUGGACCAGAUUUCCCUGUUCAGAGCAGAACUUGGACGAGCAGCUGCUUUAAAGCAAGAAGAAAAGAAAAGAAAGCCCCAGUCUGGUGAAAGGCCUAUGAAAGAUGAACGCAUUUUAAACCUGCAGAAGAAGAUUGUAGAAAAAAAAACGGAGCGUAAAAAGCAAGCAGGACUCUUAAAGAUUAUCCCCCAGAAAACCAGCAUCGCAUCAAGGAAGGAUUCUUUGCAAUGGAACCAUUGGAAGGAACUGGAAGAGAGUCGGGAACGACGGUUCAGGAUCCUUCAACGUGGCUUCAUGGCCAGAGAAACAGCUCAGAAAAUGGCUGCCUAUGAGGCAGCAAGAAGUGGAGCCACGGCCUGUAUAUUGCGCUCUGAAGUAAAAUAAAAUACAUUUGGAAGAAAUUCAGGCCUGCUGGAAAUCGGCCAGUGUGACCACUUACUACAAGGUUGAAUUUUAAACUUUAUUUCACCUUUACAGUGUGAUUAGAAAAAUAUGAGCCGUACAGGCACAAUAGAAUAAAAAUGUGUUAAUUUUUUGGUAAUAGAGUUUUAUUUUUAAGCUAUAAUGAUACAUUUUUUUUCUGUUAGAAUCAAAAGUUUUAAGAAACCGAAACCUUACCAUAGGAGCUCCUAGAGCAGAACAGUAAAUAUCUGGGUAAUAGUGUUGAGAUCUGUAUUUCUGUUAUCAUUGUAUACUAUGCCAUGGUUUGCUAUGCUCAUCUUCCAAAAGAAUAAAAAUGAGGGCAAA